GAACCAAUCACUGAGCUUCUCUCUAUGUCGUCGCUUGCCCACUGAUCAUGUGAGUGGUCAAAUGCACUUUAAAGUGGAUGUUACAUCCAUGGGCCAAGAUGACAUUUCUCCUGAGACGAUUCUGGGGGCAGCAGCCCUCAAUGGAGCUCCUGGAACCCCUUCAGAUGAUGAAGAACUGCCCCAUCCUCUUCCUGUCCCAUCAGCAGGCCCUUCCCCCACCGGCUCCCUGGGUUCCCAUAGAAAUGGGGAAGGGAGCAGCAUUCGCUCCCCAGACACAGAGAUGUAUGGUACCACCCUGGACGAUGAAACCCCUUCUUCACCUGACCCGCUCCAGGUUUCUUUCAGUGAGCAGCUUGAUGCCAUUGAUGCACCUAAGGGCCCGGGAGACAGGCCUUUUGGGGCAGCUUCUCCCAAACUACGAUCCAGCUUUCCCACACAUACGCGCCUCAGUGCUAUGUUGCAUAUUGACUCAGAUGAAGAUGAGGAAAGAUCCACUGCUACAGAGGCUACGCUGCCUACAUUUAAUGGUGCUUCAAGGACUCAAAACACCCCCCCAAAACCACCAAUUACAGAACCUGUGUUUGAAAGAACUGUAGAGGAACCUCCAGAAGAGGCUGGCCUGGAGUCUGAAAUAGAGACUCUGAAUAUAGGCGUAGAGGUGGCUCCUGAGCCAGAAGUCGUGCCGAGUUCAGUGGCCCCUGAGGUGGAAACCGCCAGUCUCAUAGAGAGGCAAGAGGAAGAGGAGGAGGACGUGGAGGAAGAGGGGCUGGCACCCAGUGAGGAGCUGGCAACUGAAGUUGAUAUCUCUUCAAUGGCAUCUGACUGCUGCCCGGGCCUUGUGUCUGCUUCUCAGGAGGCAGAACAGGGGGCAGAGGCAGCCAUUGACCCAGGGGGAGAUGAUCUUUCAGAUGACCCACCCACAACUUAUGAGGUUGCUGAAGAAACCGUUCCAAAUAAUGAGCUAGAGAGGGACGCCCCAAAACCAGAACCAUCAGCCAACGAGGAAGAGGAAUGUGAAGAUGUGACUGAGGACACAAUGUCCAGAAGAUGGAGCCUGGAGGCGACAGCCGGUGUGUCACAGGAGGAUGAAGAAGAAGAGGAGUUAAUGCCAUCAGUAGAUGGAGAAUCUGUGGACUCCGAGACUUUCAUUACUGAGACAGAAUCAGAAUUAGGUGUCCCUCAGAUCAACGGAGAUCAGCGUGUUCGUUCUCUGCCGUCUGUAAGACAAGACAUCCACCGAUACCAGCGUGUGGACGAGCCCUUACCUCCCA